AUGUCCGCUUCGCCCUCACCCACGCACCAGGCUAUCAACGGGGCCGCCGGUGAUGCUCAGGAUCAGGCUCAAGAUCAGGUCAACGGGCAUUACGACGAUUCGGAGCUCCUACGCUCGUCUGAAGCUGCGGUUCGCGGAUUGAAAGUUGAACCUGACCCCAACCACCACGAUCACCAACAACGCGAAGAAGUGCAAGUAGAGCAAGAACUUCUGGGAAAGACGAGCACCGGCGCGAACUCGAAGCCCAAGAUGGUCCCGCGCUUGUCCUCCUCGACGGCGACGACGCCCAUCACGCGUACAGUGGCCAUCAUCAAGACGCAUGCGCUCACCUAUAGGUUCGACAUUGAGAAGAGGAUCCAGGAGGCGAGCUUUGAGAUCGUGAAAGAGAGGCAGAUGGAGUUCGACACGGAGACGGACCCAGAGACGCUGUACGAGCUCUUCGGAGAGGACACAGAUUCGUUGGCUGAAGGCCCAGUGUGGGUAUACGUCCUCGAGCGACGACGCGCCGUCGAAGUGUGGAACACGCUCAUGGGCGACGCGGACCUCGACACCGCUCGACGCGACUCUCCCAACUCCCUGCGCGCGCUCUACGGCCUCUCCUCGACCCAAAACGGGCUCAUGGGCUCCCCAGACAAUACCACCGCCGAGAUCCAGAUUGCCUCCCUCUUCGCCUCCUCGCCGCCCUUCCCCACCUCCGACCUUCCCUCCGACGACGCCCAGAGCACGGGCGACCGCUUCGGCUCGGUCCGCAGCGUUGCGAGCAGCGUCCUCGAGCAGAUGCGUGCUGUGGCUGCUGCGGCAGGUGAUGAUGAAGGGUACGCCCCUUCGAGCGCGACGAACCCCUCUACGGUCGGCGGCUCGUCGCACAGGCUGAACUCGAAUGGCAAGGCGCCGUUCAAGGCGCGUGCAGUGCCUGUGACUACGGAUAAACCAGACAUCGUCCCGCGCACGACCAAGGCAGCAGCUCUACGUGCGGGCCUCAUCGAGCCGACCGACGGGGCGCUGAGGGCGGUCUACUCGCCCACUAAAGCGAGGGCGCCGGUGUCGAAGGAGAGGUUGGCAAAGACGUUCGCGAAUGUUCCUGGCCAUAAGCGCGCAGAGACGAUUGCUGUAGCGUCGACGGCUGCGCCGACGAUUGCGCCCAGAAUGACGAGGGCGGCGUCGUUAAGGUUGGGACAGGCGCCUCCACCCCCGCCGGCUGCAAUGAAGAAGCGCUCGGCGACAGAUCCUGCAGCGACUUUUGAGGGUGUUCCGGGGCAUAAGAGGAGAGAAAGUAUAGCUGUUGCGUCGGUUAAGGCGCCUACGGUUGCACCUAGGCUGAAUAAGAGUGCAGCACUUAGGGCACAGAAGGAGCCGGCACCGCCGACGUCGUUCAUGUUCAAAUCAGCAACACUUUCUCGGGCUGCUUCCAACAGCGCUCUGAGCCCACCGAAGACCCCCGCUUCCGCACGCCCCGCCUCACAAGCCGGCCACACGCGCCGGGCCUCCUCGGUCGUCGGACACCGACCCAGCACCGCAUCCACGCCUGCACCCAUCUCACGCCCUAAGCCCGCCGCUUUAACCCCGAAGACCAAUGGUGGGGCAACCCACGGAUUUGACACGAACGACGCGGACCUACCCACGCCUACACAGACGCCGACGACUGCGACGACGCCAGCCCCUGCACCGUCGAAGGUGCGCCCGCGCCCGAGCAGCGUGAUUGGUGCACCGUCGAUUGCCCCGAGGACUAAUAGGAGCGCGGCGCUGAGGGCGGCGAAGCAGGAGGCGGAAGCUGCUGCCGCCGCCGCUGCGGCGAGGAAGGGCCCGAGGUCCAGCAAGGUUCCGCCGUCGAGCUUCAAGCCGUCUCUUGCUGUUUAA